AGUACUUCCUCGGUGUUGUGGAGGAUGUUUUCACGUGGCUUGUUGAACACGUUUCUAACGCUAUAAAUGUCAAAACAACCAUUUUGAUCACAUUAAAUGUCCCGUUUUUCUGUUUAAUAAUGAUAAAUGCGGAUGAAGUUGCCGAGUUGUGUUACGAGCGUUUCCGCCGGCUGCCCCGGAGAGGGAAGCCCGAGCCGGGCAGAGAGUGGAGCCUGCUGGCCGCUGUGCUCCGCAUCACCCGGAGCCCAGACUCGGACUCAGUGGAGAUGGAGGUGGUUUCUCUGGGAACUGGGACUAAGUGUAUCGGAAAGGCAGCCAUGAGUCCCGCCGGUGACGUGCUCAACGACAGCCAUGCAGAGGUCAUCGCCAGGAGGGGCUGCAUCAGGUAUCUGAUCCAGGAGCUGCACGGAGCCGUGAGCGGUCGCCGCGGCUCGCUAUUUCGCCCGGCCGACCAGAGAGGGAAGUGGAGGCUUCAGCCUGGAGUCUCCUUCCUCCUCUUCACCAGCCACACUCCCUGCGGAGACGCUUCCAUCAUUCCCAUGACUGACUCCCAGGCCCAGCCUUGCCCCCCCGUGGCAUCUGUGAGCAGCGGUGGAGAGACCGACGGAGGAGGCAACCUGAAAAGGAAAGCAGAGGAACCGGGCGAAGACGGAGCCUUUAAGGCGCCUCGUCUGGAAGAGAAGGAGACAAAGGAAGGAGAAACGGACCGGUUUGAACGCAGGACUCGUCCCGCUGCAGCACCUGAUGGAGGCGCGUCGGUUCCCGCAGCAGCGACGGAGCUCAAACCAGGAGGCCCUGAAGACCCGAGGCAGGCAGAAGGUGGACAUCCACGGGUCGCAGACGUUCACAGGACGGGCGCCAAGUGUGUCCCAGGCGGCCCGGCCGACCCCCUGCACCCCGGGGCCGGGUACCACAGCACCGGGGUCCUCCGUGUGAAGCCGGGUCGGGGAGAGCCGACCCUGUCCCUGUCCUGCAGCGACAAACUGGCCCGCUGGGGGGUGCUGGGAUUCCAGGGUGCUCUGCUGUCUCAUUACCUGCAGGGGGCGCUGUAUUUCAGCACUGUGGUGGUGGGAAAGUGUCCGUACAGCACAGAGGCCAUGCACAGAGCCUUGGUGACCAGGUGCUCCCGCGUGUCUGACCUUCCUGAUGGUUUCUCUGUUUGUCCGCCGACGCUGCUGCAGUCCACCCUGGAGUUCCCGUUCAGCCAGAACCAAACCGAGCUCCAACACCGCGGCGCACAGGGACGCAUCUCUCCGUGUGGAGCGGCCGUGAGCUGGUGUAAUGUUGCAGAUCAGCCACUAGAUGUCACUGCCAACGGCUACAAACAUGGCGUCACUAAGAAAGUCCUGGGAACGCCUAAGGCCAGGUCUCUUCUGUGUAAACUGGAGCUUUUUCACUCGUUCCUGUCUCUCGUGGCGGCCACCGACCCUUCGGCCCUUCCCGACUCUCUCAGGUCAGGAGAGUUGCUCACCUACUGGGACUAUAAGCAGGCCUCCCGGCCGUACCAGCAGGCCUGGCAGCAGCUGCGUCAGCAGGCCUUCCCCCUGUGGCCUCGCAGCGACAGAAACCUCCUCCUGUUUCACUGAAAGCCGACUCCGCAGCAGGAAUGUCCUCGGCGGGCUCCAUGAAAAACCGGCUUUGUUUGCAGCGCGAACUCGGAGGUCACGUUUCGGAAACAACCGCUGACCGGCAGAAAACUCAGAUUUUUACCCCUGUGAUGGCAGAAAGAGACGUUGUUCGCCAGAGAGCGUUGGUUUCCCCUCGCGGCCUGUUGGCUCAGCUGCUCUGUCGCUCAGGUUUACCCAGCGGGACGCCCGGCUUUGUCCUGCUGUUCAGGGAGGCCGAUGUCUGCAGGUCGCCGUCUUUAUCUUCAUGCUGCGUGUGGCGAGAGCCCUCUGAAAACACAGCUGGGAUGGAGCCGCCUGCAAGUCUCAGCUCUCUGCGCUGGCUUUACGACUCUUCCUGGGUUUCUCCCACAGAUGGAGCAGUGUGUCGGGUUUUCCUUCUGUUAGUGUUAAACAGCUACAUGAAACACGAUACUCAGCUGGUUUUCUACCAGAUGUAACGGGACGCUCACCUUCUAUCAGUUCCUACUUCUGUCUUGUCCUCAGAAUAUCUUCCCGAAAGUCUUGGGGAUCAUCUUUUUUUUGUUGUUGUGAAAUGUGAGAGCGUGUUGUUGUUCUUUUUGUGUGAACAGUGACCCAGUUUUCCUCUUAUUGCUGAAUCACCAACACUCACCCCCUUUAACUACCCUGCCAAGAAAGAAAAAACUCUAUGCAAAGCAUUGCUUCUGUCACAAACCCUUUACAUUUCACAAUGGUGACCUCCACCGAACUUUAAUGUUUAAAGUGCAAAAUGAACUGUAGAAAAAAGGAGCAGAUUCAUGAAUAAAAAAAUAACACAAA